AUGGCCAACGAUGGCAAAAACAACGAUGGCAAACCUGAUGAUGAUACAACUGUUCAACAAGAUCCCUCCCAAUCUGCCAUCAAAUCCAACCUACACCCCGCAUACUCAGUUACCAACAUACAAAGCAAAAUCCGAACCUUGGAUGGCAAGAAAGUUACAUACAGUGCCUGGAUCAAACUCUUUUGUUUGCAUGCUACGGCGUAUCAAGUUCUCAAUCACAUCGACGAGACACCUCCACCCGAACCCAAGUCUCCGGAUUAUCCAGCUUGGGAAGAACUAGAUGCCCUUGUUCUUCAGUGGAUUUAUGCCACUUUAUCUGAUGAUCUCCUUCUUUCGGUCUUGGAGAACGAGUCCACCGCACGUACUGCGUGGGUUAAAUUGGAAAAGAAAUAUUUGAGUAAUAAGAAAGCUCGUGCAGGUGCCAUAGAAAUAAAAUUUUUCAACCUGACACUUCCUGCUUGUAAAUCUUUGGAUGAUUAUUGUCAAUAG